AUGAGCAAAAAGCCAGACAAUAGAAUAACUAAGCUUAAUUUUAAUUCAUAUUAUUUUGACCAUUCACAAUUUGAUGCUUUAAUAAAAAACUUUUUUACUAAUUAUGAUACUUGUAUUUUUAAAGAAUUUGUCUAUCAAUAUGAGAAGAACCAUAAUUCAAACCAAGAACGAGACUGUCAUAUACAAGCUUUUUUUAGUUUGGUAAAUCAACAACAUCUUCCAAGUGUUUUUGAGAAAUUAAAAACUAAUAAUGCAUUAGAAAAAUGGUAUUAUGAUCCUGUAAAAAGUGUUAAAGAUUCAAUAUUAUAUUCAAUAUGUCGAUAUAGUUAUAAUGAUUUAACUGAUUUAAAUAGAUGUGUUUGGUGCACUUUAGAAUAUUGUUCUCAACGUACAUUAGCAAGAUAUGAUUCUGAAUCUAGACCAUUCUAUUAUAAAUUAGAAGAUUAUAAAAAAAAACAAAAAUGUUUUGAUAAAGUUGAAAAUAAUCCAAAACAUGUUUAUACUUUUGAUGAAAGCAGAGUCGGGAAAGGAUAUUUAUUUUCACUCUUAUUUCCAGAUGCUUAUAAGAGAAAAAGUGCAGAUGGAAAGUUUUUGCAAGAUUUUAAUAGUUCAUAUAAAGAGGUUUUAAUUAAUGAAUUUAAAGAACAAAUUAAAUAUUUAGAACUAUUAAAUCUUCUCGAUAAUAAAGAUUAUAGUGUACAAAUCAAAUGCAUGAGAAAUGAAAAUUUUUGUCCAAAAGUAAUAGAAUUCUUGGCUAAUACAAAUAUUAGAUUUAUUUAUGAUUUUUGUAAAGAUGAAGAAUUAAAGCCCAUUGCAGAACAAAAGUUUAAUAAUUCAAAAUUAUUUAGUGUAUUUGCAAAUCGUUUAAAUUAUAUUGUAGAGUUUAAGAAAUUUAGAAUUGAUAAACAAAAACCAUCAAUAGAGUUAUUUGAUCCUCAAAUAGAAUCAAGUAAAAGAAAAAUUUCAAUUGAUGAAUCAAAUUAUGAUUCAGAUUUAUAUUCUGAUAAUUCUCAAAUAGAAACAA